AUGCCCUUCCCUCGCCGCAGCCCGAAGGUCGAGUGGAGCGUGCGGGCGUGGAGAAGGAACAGAGAUGGUGUCCCCUGGGCUCGUGGAGAGACGCUGUCUUCCCUGCAACCAAUCUCAACACCUACCUCCAGUGCGCACCUCGUGGGGCUCGUCCGGGCUGAGAGGUCUCUGCGCCCGCAGACUGAGCACCCAGUGACAAGUCGGGAACCUCACCCUGUGGACCUCCAGCCUGGUCUUCGCCGCUUGCUGAGUGUGGACCUUGCGCUGCAGUCUCCUCGAGUCUCAGUUCAGAAGGAAGAGGGUUUGGGAUCCCCACCACCCCUCCACCUCAGUCCUCUCCUCUCCAGCUGUUUCCGGGACUUCUCUAACCUACAGCAACCCUUUUGCACUAGAAGUGGGCAGGAGUCGGCGUGCGCCCAGCAGACAGGCGUCUCCUGA